AUGAUUUCGGCUGUCGAGCUAGACAAUGACCAUGUGGAGGCGCUCAGACGGCUCGCGUAUGAGCCGGUUAGCCGCAGCAUGGUCGCUCACCUGGCGCGUGUCACGAGCAGAGUCAUCAACCAGACCAUCCCAGUCCUACUGACGGCUACGGAGCAGCGACAGCAACAGCACGCACCUCUCGUCGCCACAGAGGCAGCACUUCCUAGCCUUGAGACAUUCAUUGGGUGUCUGGCCACUGCAUCCAGAGUCACAACGUUGCCCCUGUUAGCGACCCUCGUCUACCUUGCGCGGGCCAAGUCGAAACUGAAGCAAACGGUCCGCGGUCUUCCAUCUGCUCCUCACCGCAUAUUCCUGGCUUCGCUCAUACUAUCCACCAAGUAUCUCGAAGACUGCCCACCUAAGAACAAGCGCUGGGUGAGAUACUCUCGCGUCGACACGGAAAGUACGAUGACACAUUUCACUCUCAAGGAUGUGAAUGUGAUGGAGAAGCAGCUCAUAGACAUCCUGGGCUGGGACCUGACGAUCAGCGAGCAGGAAUUCCGAGAAAUCUCACAGGACGGGCGAUCGAAGCGGAAGGUUCGAAUCGAAGACGACUUCGCCAUGGUAAUCCUUCUGGUUUCCGUCUUUGAAGACAAGGACCAGGAAAACAUCAUACCGCUAAACUCGUCUGUGAUGAGCAAGACGUAG